CUUGAAAAAUGUUGCAGGAACUACCCAAACCGAAACCGAAACCUGCUGUGGCCUAUGCCCUGAAACGUCGAAAUGAUAAAUUUGUGGUCGAAUGCAUUGUCGAGGGCAUAGUGAAUCCUGCCUAUGAGCCAGAUUUGGAUGGUGAUACUGUGGUCGAAUUAGCCACUCAACGAUUUAAGCAAACUAAAUGGCAAUACUGA